GUUCUCCAAGCUGGUAGUGCAAGAUCUCGUUAAGUAUAAAAAGAGAAGCUGAGGAAAACAAUUUCGAUACUUUUGAGACGGAGAGAGAUACAUACAUACAACUUAGAAGAGAAGCUUUAAGGUUUUCAGUUCUGCGCAACGCCACUGCUUAAUUAAGAUCAAUCGAAUUCGGUACGACGACGUUCUAAUGGGAAACCAAACAAGCAAAAAGUCACAAGAGACAUCGGCUAAGAGCGUGCACUACACAACGGAGCUGAGAUCGUACGAGGCCGCGUGCAAAGCAGACACGGAGCUUCAGUCUUUCGACACGUGUUUGAAAGCACGGACAAGUCACGUGAUAAGCACGCUAGCUACGGGCGUUGAGGUUCGAGCGCUCUCGUUCGAUUCCUUGAAAGAAGUGACGCAAUGUUUGUUGGAGAUGAACCAAGAAGUGGUGAAAGUGAUAUUGGAUUGCAAGAAGGAUAUUUGGAAGAAUCAAGAAAUGUUUGAGCUCGUCGAAGAUUACUUUGAGAAUAGCUUGAAGACACUUGAUUUCUGUGCUGCUUUGGAGAAAGGCUUGAGACGAGCUCGUGAUAGUCAUCUUUUGAUUCUUGUUGCUCUUCAGCAGUUUGAAGAUGAGAGCCUUGUUCAAGGUGGGAAUGGAUACAAGAAGACACUUGAAGAGCUAAAGAAUUUCAAAGACGCAGAGAGUCCAUUUAAUGAAGACUUCUUCAAAAUGUUCCAAUCUGUUUACAAACAGCAGAUGCUGAUGCUUGAGAAGCUUCAGCUUCGUAAGAACAAGCUUGACAAGAAGCUUAAAUGCAUCCACACAUGGAGGAAACUCUCCAGCAUCAUCUUUGUGGCUACCUUUGCCACUGUGCUCAUCUGCUCUGUUGUGGCUGCUGCCAUGGCAGCUCCUCCUGUGGCUGCGGCUCUCGCUGCAGCUACAGCCGUGCCGCUAGGCUCAAUGGGGAAAUGGAUUGACUCGCUGUGGAAGAAUUAUGAGAAUGCACUCAAAGGGCAAAAAGAGGUGAUCAGUUCGAUGCAGGCGGGAACAUUUGUCGCUGUUAAAGAUUUGGAUAAUAUCCGUGUUUUGAUCGAACGGUUGGAGAUAGAGAUCACGGGGAUGGUGAAGAGUGCGGAGUUCGCGGUGGAGCAUAACGCAGUCAAGAUUGGGAUUGAUGAUAUAAAGAAGAAACUUGAGGUGUUUAAGAAGAAUGUUGAAGAAUUGGGGACUCAAGCUGAUUUGUGUAGCAGAGAUAUAAGAAGGGCAAGGACUGUGAUUCUUCAGAGGAUCAUCAAGCAUCCUAAUAAUGCUAGUAGCAGCACUUGAAUAAUGAAAUUCUUGAAGACUCUAUAAACAAUAGUAAAGAUUCUUUCUGAGUUAA